CGCAAUGGGGGCAACCGAUUAACAUGCAACAAUUGAUAAAAAUACAGACAAACACUGUAACAUCAGUUACUCACCUUCCUAACACAGACAACAAUAGAUAGAGAAAGAAAGAGAAAAUAAAUCAUCUAUCUUUCCUUGUCUUUCCUCUCCAGUAAACAAACAAAUAAAACCCUAGAAUUCUCCUUCAAGCUCCACUCUGUCUCUUUUCUAAUCAUUGAGCUUCUCCAUAGCUAAAUUUCGAGCUAACUCCGUAUUCAUUGAACUCCCCAUGGCAUCAAUGGCUUCCACGUGCUCUCCGAGCUCUCUCCAGCUACGAUUGGCUCUGAAUUUUAGGAGGGGAUCGCCUGCAGCUCUGAUUCGGGCUCGGGUCAGGAAACUGGAUACUCAUGUUCGUUCGCUAUUCGUGGCUCAAAUUGGAAAUGGAGGGGAACGGUAUCGUGAUCGAAUUGCGACUGGUGCUGCAGCGGAUAAUUUUGCUGGGUGGUCUGAAUCCGAUGAGGGUGAUCAAUCUGUUGAGUCGAAGUCGCAGAGAAAGCAACGGCUACGAGAUGAGCAAUUGGGAAAUGAAAUUGAAGUGGCUCAAUUUGGUGCAAUAGGCAAUAUAAAAUCACCAAUUCUCAUUUUAGGAAUUGUGGGAGCUGGAGUUGCUGGGAUCAUCCUAGUUGCAGGGCUUACCUUUGCAGCAUUGUCUCUAAGCAAGCGGAAUGCUUCAGGACCAAAGCAACAAAUGGAAUCAUUGACUACUCAGCAAGAAGUUUCAUUGCUCUCUGCUGAUGAGGAUGAUAAAGUUCAGAAAAAUGAAAGCGAGGGAAGCAUUGUAAAGCAAGAUGAUAACAAUCUGGAACACAAGACAGGUAUAGAUGUUGAUCUUUCUUCAUCUCCAGAAAUUCAGGAAGCAUCAAGUGAAAAUAAAGUUGGUGAUGGUAAUCAGAUCCCAUCAGUCGACAAUGCCAAAUUCAUAACUGGUACUAGUAAUACCAUUGAUAAUGAUCUUGUUCAAGAAGAUUUGCAAUAUGAAUCAGCUUUUGUUGAUAAGUCAGAUGCUCCAGAAAUAACUCCCAACUCAACUUAUUUGCCUGAUUCUGUAAUUACUGAUGAUAGCCUAGCUGCAAGCAUGCCUAAAUCAAUAUCUGAAAUAGGGCAGCACUUAGAAAAUGGUGAACCUGCUAAUUUGGUAACAAAUCCCAUCACUGGCCACCAAGGUGGAUUGCUUAGCUCUGAGGAAAAAGAGACUUCCAAUCCUUCAUUGGAAUUUUCUAAUUCCCCUGUUCAUGAAUCCAGUGAGCCUGUGGCUGUGAAUAUUUCUGUCACUGCAACAGUGGAUACAGUUUUAGAACCUGGAAUUGUUUCCAAAGAUGACAUGGAAACCAUAACCUCACUUCCAACACAAGAAAAUAUUGACCCAAGCAAACUAACGCGGGCCUCAAUUGAGAGAAAUAAUUCGUACCUGGAAGGGAGUUACUUGAAUGAAAGUGGAUCUUCUGGAACAUCUGUGUCAGCAUCAGCCUAUCCAUUUGCAAACGAACAAGACCUGGUUGCUAAAAAUGGCACAAAUGAAACCGGAACAUUUUUUGUAUCACCACCUUUCAGUGGUUCCUUCUCCUCUGCUGGUAUACCUGCUCCAUCUGCAGUUUCUAAAGCUCUGCAGUUUUCUCCGGGAAAGGUUCUGGUUCCUGCCGUUAUUGAUCAAGCUCAGGGACAAGCACUAGCUGCACUGCAAGUGUUGAAGGUGAUCGAGGCUGAUGUUCAACCUAGCGAUCUGUGUACUCGUCGUGAGUAUGCUCGUUGGUUAGUGGCUGCAAGCAGUGCUCUUUCAAGGAACACACUGUCAAAGGUAUAUCCUGCAAUGUAUAUUGAGAAUGCUACUGAACUAGCAUUUGAUGAUAUCACACAUGAUGACCCUGAUUUUUCAUCUAUUCAAGGCUUGGCUGAAGCAGGACUUAUCUCGAGCAGGCUUUCAAGUCGUGAUUUGCUUUCUUCCUCAGAUGAAGACCAAGGUCCUUUUUACUUCUGUCCUGAAAGCCCUUUAUCACGGCAGGAUCUUGUAAGCUGGAAGAUGGCCCUCGAGCAAAGACAACUUCCAGAAGCUGAUAGAAAGACUUUGUACCAACUUUCUGGUUUUAGAGAUAUUGAUAAAAUAAAUCCAGAUGCAUGGCCUGCACUCAUAGCUGACUUGUCUGCAGGAGAUCAUGGAAUAAUAUCACUUGCAUUUGGUUGCACAAGAUUAUUCCAGCCAGAUAAACCUGUUACAAAGGCUCAAGCUGCAGUAGCUCUGGCAACUGGCGAGGCUUCUGACAUAGUUAAUGAGGAGCUUGCACGUAUUGAAGCAGAAUCCAUGGCAGAAAAUGCUGUGUCUGCACAUAAUGCUUUAGUAGCCCAGGUUGAGCAUGAUAUCAAUGCAAGUUUUGAGAAGGAGCUUUCCAUGGAAAGGGAAAAGAUUAAUGCUGUGGAGAAAAUGGCUGAAGAGGCAAGGCUUGAAUUAGAAAAGUUAAGGGCUGAAAGGGAAGAAAAUAAUAUUACCCUGAUGAAGGAGCGAGCUGCUAUCGAAGCAGAAAUGGAAGUUCUUUCAAGAUUAAGAAGCGAAGUCGAGGAGCAGUUGCAAAGCCUUCUAAGUAACAAGGUGGAGAUGUCAUUUGAAAAAGAAAGGAUCAGCAAACUUCAAAAAGAAGCCGAGAAAGAAAAACUGGAGAUUUCUCGGUUACAGUAUGAGCUGGAGGUUGAGCGGAAAGCCUUGUCCAUGGCCAGGGCUUGGGCCGAGGAUGAAGCAAAAAGAGCAAGAGAACAUGCAAAGGCCAUUGAAGAAGCAAGAGAUCGUUGGGAGAGGCAUGGCAUCAAAGUAGUAGUUGAUAGUGAUCUCCACGAGGAGAGUUCUGCUGGAGUAACAUGGGUUGCUGCUGCAAAGCAGUUCUCCAUUGAAGGAACUGCAAGCCGAGCUGAAAAUUUGGUGGACAAGCUCAAGCUAAUGGCGAAUGACUUGAGAGGGAAAUCUAAGGAGGCAAUUCAUAAAAUUGUGCAGAGGAUACUAGUGUCAGUUUCAAUUUUGAAGGAGUGGGCCUCAAAGCUAAGUACCCAAGCUAAAGAACUUAAGGAUGCCACUGUUCUGAAAGCAAGAGGAUUAAUGCAGGAGUUGCAGCAUAAGGCAUCAGAAUUGAAUUUGGCCGUCCAGGAGAGGACAAGAGAGCCAAUACAAGGGUUGCAGCAACGCACCGAAGAACUUAAUGUGGCUGUGAGGGAGGGUACAAAGCGGGUUGCUGGAGAUUGGAGGGAAGGUGUAGAGAAAUUCACUCAGAAGUUCAAAUCAUGAAAUAUCUUUUACCUUCUUGCUUUCCUACUGCAUCAAUAAUAAAGUUGCUGGCAGUUGCUGCUGAGAUGGCAGGCAUGCAACACUUGUAUUACAUUACAUUUUGUAGUUUCCAAUUUUUUUUAAGAGGUAUUAACCAGACUUGGCAGUGUACCAAAUUGUAAGAGAAAAUUGCAGUUUUGUGAAAAGAUUUACGAAAUCAAAUUUGUUCUCAGGAGCAUUUUAAUU